AUGGAGAGACUUGCUCGACAGGUUCAAGAGACCCAGAAGCAGCUGAGCUUUCCGGAGACGGACUGGAAAUACCAUUCUUCGGCAAUUGAUGAGCUUGCGACGGCUGUGGAGGCGCUGGGUCCCUCUACAAGUCGCAAAGAUGCUGCCAGACUGCUUCUGAGUCUCUCGGGCAAAAUCAGCGCGCUAUUAGUCUCACACCGGUCGAAGCUGGUAAAGGACACAUGUGAAGGUCUGCUGAGAAUCGUCCAGGAAAUAGGUCGAGACUUCCAGGACAUGGCCAAUGCUUUACUGCCCCAGAUCGUUUGCACCGCGAAGAACUCAUCGGCAGCCAUCCGACAACCAGGAUCCAAGCUGCUGUGCAAGAUGUCGGAGGUCGUGCGGUACGACCUAUCGCUCUUGAAGAAGAUAUACAUGCCUUUGAUGCAUGUGUGCUCGUGCUGGAGCAAUUGGGGGAUCAUGUUUGUCUACUGGACUGAUAGCGAAGUGUUGCCAUUCGAGUCGGACGUGCUGGCCAUAAUUCAACGAGGACUGGAAGAUCAAAACGAAAAAGUCCGCAAGACGGCGCGUGAGGUUCUUGCGAGAUUCUCGUCGCGAUGGUAA